UGUUUGCUGCGUACCUCACACUUAUGUAUAUAACGUAAUAUUUGCAUUCAACCAACUCGUACGGAGACCAACUUCAACUAGUGACCAAAUUCUUUGUGCCUAGAACGAAACUGCACUAACUUCCACUCUCAUGCUUGCCGCUGACUCCGAGUCGGACUCGGAUAGUGCGAGUCUGACAUCAGAAGAUUUGGAGGACAUGCUCAUCGUUGCCGACCUUGACACCAUUGAUUUAGAUCAAUGCAGGGACGUGUUGGAGUGUAUCAUGGAGCCAGACCCCGAGGAAGAAUCUGUGGAGUUUUUUGAUGUUUAUUAUAGGGUGUUCUCAGCAGUAUCCAAAAUUAUGGAGUUGAAUUGGCAUACUGUUACCAGCAAGACCAAGGACCGCAUCCUCAUCGAAUCACGCAGUAACAUACACGAAGCUCCGUUCGGUUUCUUGGGUCAAGAAUUCUUUGGCUUUUUGCUCGGCUUUUCUCACAAUCAGCAAGCUCUGUCUAGCACGUUAUCCAUGAACUUUGGGCUGGAAUUUACCAUUCCAGACAUGUCAAUCUGGACUGUUGCAAUGACUCGAGGCCAUGUGGGGCUUCUCUGGAAAAUCAAAAAAGAAAUCGCCGACAAUGCAGAAGUCCUGAUGGCCAUAAUGAUGCUACGCCAGGAGACAUCGGCUCGUUCGCCCUCCUCAUUUCAUUCGCUUCAAGGAGAUCCGGCACGAUCUCACGAUAAACACAUCGUGAUCGCAGGUCAUACAUGGUGUCACCUCGCCUCUGUUCGAUUCCACGUUUGGGUCCGGGGGGACGAGCCGAUCAACGUCGAUAAUGAUAACAAUGAAUUGCUAGCACGUGGUACAUUGUUUCCGAAUCAAGAUAUGGAUGAGGUCGAAGCCAUGAUCAAGAAGGGCAUGAAGAUGACGCAGGACUUGUCUUGCUACUUUUUACCACGAGGUAGCUCCGGGACAUGGCAGUUGAGGAUACCGCCUAUGCCCGGUACCACUCAUGGUACAAUUUGUCCACCUGAGGCACCUCCGCUCUCAACCACGUUUUGCAAGAUCACUGCAACUCGGGACCCUACCAGAUAUUCGUUCCAACCGCACUCUCACGAAUAG